UACCCACCCAACUGUCCAAUCACGUUCCACGUUCCAGCCAAACGCACUCUAGUGGACGAUUCGGUAUACCGAGGGGUGUGCAGUUUGCAUGUCACAGAUGAAGCAGAUGUUUCAACAAAAAUGUAACUGAAAUUUUUGUUUUUGUGUUUGUUGUUGAAUCGAGAAAUUCGAGAUCGUGUUUUCAAUUUUCACUUUUUCGUAUAAUUCAAAUUGCAUUUUUUGCUCAAGUGUCUUUUUUCAUGUGUAAUUUUCAUUUAUAAAAUGUGAGCUGAGGAGUUGAAUUAAUACAGCCAUGCGGACGUAGACUUAGAACCGUUUCUACUGAAAAACAUCAACUUGAAGGCACAACGAUGAUAAAUGUAUGUCCUAGCAGUGUUUCACAUGCGUUGUGAAUUGCAGAUAAUUCAACAUGGAUUUAUUUCGAUUGGAUCCUUCUCUGAGAAAAGGUUUCUCAGAAAGGCCUUCUCAUUUUCAAAGAACUGACGUACCUUCUGCGGUAUCGCAUCAUGGCGACUUAUCUAAAUUUCCUGGUAGCGAUCUUUUGAGUAGUUCUGCGUGGAGUUCAGUUAUUCAUCAACCUGAUCAAGAUUCUGAUCCUGAAGAUUUACCGUCCACUGUCGAUAUUGAUGCUAUCAAGGAACCUCCUACUCCUGUAAACGCGUCAGCUCAAACACCUGCCGGUCAGCUGCAUGGGGAUAGUCAUUCGUUCGAGUUGAGUGAUGAACAAAAUAUCGGAGAUAGUGGUUCUGACUCGGAUUCCGAUUCGGAAAGUGGAAACAGUGAUAACGAGAAUGCUGCCAGUGGAGGUGACUCGGGAAGCUGUAGCGACUCCGACUCCGUUUCGAGCCACCUUAGCUCAAGUAGCGGUAAAGAUAAACCGCCAUCUUCACGUUCUUCGCGUUCCAAUUCGCCACCUUCUGCGCAUAACAAUCAACGACAACAGUUCGCGGUACGAGAAACGAAUUUUGAUCAGGGUGGUCUUAGAUUGAAGUUUUCUGCGCUGAAACGUUCGAAACAGAAGUUUGGCAACGACAACGCCGAGAUUUCAUCUGACUCUUCUGAAUCUAAAAUCGAAUACGAUGGCCGGCUAAAGAAUAAAAAAAUGUUCACUUCUAAAGCGAGGAACGAUAUUAAAAAUAAAUCCACGUUUUUCGCCAAAAAACAGCCAAAACGUCGUAAUUCGAACGACAAAGACUCUGAUAGCGAUUCUUCGUCAUCGUGUCAUACAACUCCUGAAAAACCGUAUAGUCCUUGGAAUGCAAAAGCACGCCUUAGUAUGAAAUCAAAUUCUAGAAUGGAAACUAGCAUCGGUCGUUCGAAAGCUGCAGUAUUAGAUAAAACUUGUUUCGGUGUGGGUAGAGAUACCAAAAAUGAUAGAUUGACGAGCCUUUCGACGAAUAAACGAAAUGAUUCGAACAGAAGUAUGUUUUCAAGUGCUAAAGAAUCAACAUCCUUUGGUGCGAUGCAUUCUAAAUGUCGUGGUUUAAAUAAAUCAGCUUUUGGGUCGCCUUCGUUAAAGUUACCUCACGCUUGUAAACUAUCCGAAGAUUCGGACGAAAGUUUAGAUAAUUCCAAAACGUUGAAAAAUGCGAAUAAAAAGGAAAACGAUCGCGAUACGAUAGAAAAAUUAGCUCAGCAAUUGACUCAGCCAGGCACCGCAACGGAUCAAUUACAAGUAUUGAACGAAGAAGACUUGGCGGCCGUAUUACCAGACGUGGAAGGCGGUGCAAGCGGUGCGGGUGAAUUUGAAUUGGCUGAAGGCAGCGCAACUGGAAAAAAACGAAUUCAGCCGAUUGCAGAAAACAAAAAAAUCGAUUCGUCGGAUUCGAGUAGCGAUACCGAAAUGUUCCCUAAGCAAAAGCAAAUAGUUAGAGAUGUAAUCAACAGUAUACAUAUUGAUUCGGAUUCUUCCAACGUCAGCGAUGACUCGAACCACGAGCACAGAUCAUCUGACGACUCUACCUCUAACGACAAACGUGAAAAACAAAAAAGGAAUGAAAAGGCGCAGUAUUCUCCUCGAAACAAGCAAGUCGCUAGUUUGGCUAAAAACAACGUGAAAAAUUCACCAAAAUCGAGUAAAGCUUCCAAUAUUUUGACUUCGAAGGAUAAAAAUAAUGAAAAUGUGGUCGCCAAGAAACGUGGAAGACCGCCUAAAAUUAAACCUGCACCAACAGCUGAUAUAGAAACCUACAUGCGGCUGGAUUGCUCCGUUUCUAAUGUUUCGCCUGACAGUGGUAUCCAGUCUAAUGCAGGAUCUCCUUCGUAUCAUAAUUUGCAUUCAUCAGGGGCGACUCAUAAUCAGAAUUCGCGUUCGACUGGAAACAAACUCGCCUCCGUGUCUUCAAAAUCGUUCAGCUUGACACAAAAAGCAGUAUUAUCAGCUUCGAAAAAGAAAAACAGAAAGGAAAUGAUUACCACUCGCGAGACUGGUAAAGCUGUCACUUCCCAAUUUUAUAAAAGCAAAGCCGAAAUGGAAAAGAAAUCAACCUUAGCUCAAAAGCAAACAGUCCGUUCGAAGACGACCAAUGAAAAUGUAAAAACGUCGGCUCACUUCGAUACUAAAAUUCGGCAAUCCGCAUCAAAUGCGGAUCUACCUCAUUUACUUAAACGUCGAGGUGAUAUAGAGAAGAAAUCUGCGCCAACUUUGAAACCAGUAGCACGUCCCACUCACAUCGAUCAAAAACUUUCACAAGCUACGUCAAAUAUGGUCGCUAUGCAUGGCGAUUUAACGUUAUUCCAAGGCAAAAGAGGUCCGGGAAGACCGAAAAAACUCGUUUCCGCCAAAGUGAAUGGCAAAACGAAAUCUGAAAAGAUGCUGCCUCUUGAACUAGACGGACCGUACGAAAAAGCAAAUUAUUCUGCGCAGAAACCGUUAAUUAACUUGUCCGACGAUUACAGAACCAACCCGAAGAAAUUGAAAUACUUCGGGUCUGUCGAUAUGUGUUCAGAAAGUAAAAAGAAGCAUAAAAAAACAAAAUCCAAUCUCGCACUGGUUGUGUAUGAAUCUCUGAAACCUCCUGUGUCUCAAAAAAUGCCUUUGCGUCCGGUCCAGAAGGAAUGGCUGCGUAAGCAUAAGAAACGCAAGAAAAAAGAUAGCAAAGAAAAAAACGUUGAUACGGAAGUAAUGAAGAUGAUCGAUGAUUUAGUCGAUACGUUCGAUAAGAAAUGCAUUAUCGAAGAGAGAAAAAUAUCAAAACUGACUCAUCGGUUGAAAGAAAAGCCGAAGAAGAAGAAAAAUACGGAAAAAGUGAAACAUAGCGAUAAUGAAUUUGAAUUCGAACCCGUUCCGUCUGCUUCAGUUGCCACGAAUAUUGCCAGUAAUAAACGAAGAAAUAAGAAAAGUGCCAUUGAAACCCCCAAAGUGUUGCAUACCAGCGAACAAAGGUUACCAUUGAAAAAACGUCAUUACCACGUAUCCGCAUCUUCGAUUACCAGCAAUGGUCACCAGAAUAAUGGCGAAAGCAAGAAUCGUACCGAAAAACAAGCGAUUUCGCAUUCGAACGAAACCACGUCCCUGUUACCGAGCACUACUGACAACGUAGCGAAAAUCAGCGAAAACGUAAAAUCAAAAGUAGACGGUCUGAAAACAUCAUCAAAAUCAGACACCCAAAAACCCGUAUCAAAGAGCGAAGUCGUCAAAUCAACGACGAAACUGGAAUCAAACAAAACAUCUGCCAAAGUCGAUUCGCUGAAAGUUUCAUCCAAAGAUACGAUCAAAAAUCUGCCUAAAAACGAACCGCCCAAAAGUUCUAACAAAACCGAUAAUCGUAAAACAUCCGCCAAAGUUGUCAAUCAGCAUCCUAGUAGAAGCGAAUCGAACAAAAAUAGUAAACUAGAUUCUGGCAAAGAUGAGCCCGAUGUUACGGCCAGUAACGAUAAUGCUGACAGUGUUGUUACCGCAGCAGUCACUUCGAACAAAAAAUCCCGACCUGACGAAGAGAAAAAACAUACUAGGAACGUGGUCCCGAAAGAAUUAUUGCCAUUCUUGCCUCUGAGAAGGUCUGGUAGGAGUAUCACCAAAAAAGAAGAGCCAUCGUCGCCGGAUAAGAAAUCAAAAUCCAAUACAAAAAACAAACCGGUUAGAAACGAGAACGAAGUUGAAAUCGAUGCUAUUUCUGAUGCUAAUUGUAAAAGAAGUUCCAAACGAACCGAAACGACGAGUAAGGCUAACUCUACCAGUACUCCCGAAGGUGGCAAUUCCGCAAAUGGUUUAAUUUCGAAGAAAGAACAAGCUGCAGUGUUGGUCGUUGAUUCAAACAACGCGAAUAAUGACAAAGAAAUUACUGAUGAAAAGAUCAUUACGAACACUCCAGUGAAGCUUCAAACUACGAGCAAUAAACCUCAACUCAUCACACCGUUACCUUCGGAACCGGUACAGCAAAAUACUUCGGCAGUUACUUUAAAGCCACCGGCUGGAGUUUUCGAGCCUUCGAGAAAAUUACCAGCUUCUGUAUCUAAACCGAAGAAAUCUUCUAUAGACGACGUUCUGUCUAAAUUGAAAGAAAAGCUCAAGGAUUUAGAUUCGCCUUCGAAAAACACGACGACGUUGAUCGAGAAAAUCGGAGUAGUUAAAAACGACGUUAUAGACAGUGCAAAUAACGAUCGUUGUCUUAGAUCCAAACGUCCAAGCACCGAAACUGAUGCCGUAGCUGCUAAAAAAAGUAAAAUAUGCAAAGAUAUGAGCAUUCGAUUGCGUAAACUGUCUCAUAGCGAAUUGGUCAACAACGGUAUCGUCAAGACCGAAGUAAAACCAAAAUUGAAGCGUAGAAAGACCAUAAACAGAACUGGGUUCCCUGUCAAGAAGAAAAAGAAACGAAGUAAAAUCGACACCGAAUCGAUUCUAAGUAUUAAUACAGAUGAUGAAACGUAUUGCAACUCUACCGAAGACGAAAAGACUGAUGAAAACAAUAUCGCAGAAAUCUACUUGACAGGAAAAGUGAAAAACGAAUCGAUCGAAGAACAAGGACAUAAAAGUCAAACUACCAACAGUUCCAUCCUUCCACGUUCUGCUGAUAGCGAUGUCAGAGUGAAAAGCGAAGUGAUGAGUGAAGAUGAAACCGUUCAAGUUAAAAAUAUGCGGUUGUUAGUCAAGAACUCCAAAAAGAAACUCACAAAGCAGCAAGAUCUAUCCAAUAGAUUUCUUCCAUCUCGUUGCAGUGCUCGCAUUUACAUAAAGCAACAAAUACGAGCCAGAGAGAUGAAAAAAUCGAAGAAAAAACCCGCAAAGAAAUCCAAAGCGAAAAAAGGAUCGAAGUUGGGCAAUAAAAAUAUCCAAAAACCAGUUCCAACUAAAUUACUCGAACCUAGAACGUGUAAACAGAAAUGUCUUUCUAAAAAUGGUCUUCAGGAAGGAACAAUCCUAAAAAAUGACAGCAAUAAGGAUACGAAGGGCAGAGAAGAAACUGAUAGAGAAGAAUUCAGCGACUCCGAUUCCGUAAAAUAUCAAAGUUUGAAGAAAAUAGAAAUACCUAAAUGGAAGAAAAAGUAUUACGUCGCUGGCUUGUUUUCUGAUUCUUACAAAGAAGAAAAACAAAACCUCGGAGACGCGAAGAAUCGAUCAAAUUAUAAAGAAGAAGACCAUCCUCACAGUUUGUUACCACCUCCUGCCUACGCUAAUGAUUACGUACGCGAAAGAAGAGUCAACUUUAAACUACCUUACGAUUUAUGGUGGCAGCAUUCGCACAAUCAAUUGCCUGGAAGAGAUGGCGUGGUUCAUUCUUGGAAUUACAAAAAAAUACGAACUAAUGUGUACUACGACGUAAAACCAACGUAUAUGUACGAAGCUCAAGCGUGUAAUUGUAAAGUACCUACAGAAAAAGAUGAACUCGGAUGUGGCGAAGACUGCAUUAAUCGUUUAGUUUACGCCGAAUGUUCUCCGGAUCUGUGCCCUUUGAAGCAAAAAUGCUCCAAUCAAAAAAUACAGAAACACGAAUGGUCCCCGAAAUUGGUGAAAUUCAUGACUCAAGACAAGGGUUGGGGAGUAAAAACGAAAGAAGCAAUCAAGAACGGCGCAUUUGUCUUGGAAUACGUUGGCGAAGUUGUCACCGAUAAAGAAUUCAAGAAACGCAUGACAUCGUUGUAUAAAGACGAUAUUCAUCAUUAUUGCCUCAAUCUAGACGGUGGUUUAUUAAUCGAUGGUCAUCGUAUGGGUGGAUUUGGUCGUUUUGUUAAUCAUUCGUGCGAACCGAAUUGCGAAAUGCAAAAGUGGAGUGUGAACGGUUUAUUUCGAAUGGUGUUGUUUGCAUUACGCAAUAUCGAAGCUGGCGAAGAACUAACGUACGAUUAUAAUUUUGCCCUGUUUAAUCCGGCAGAAGGACAGCCUUGUUUGUGCGGAUCUACCAAGUGUCGUGGAGUUAUCGGUGGAAAAUCUCAACGUGUUCCUCUGAACAAUGUUAAUAAUCCUACGCACGAUGCGGACAGUUGUAGCUCUUCAAAUGCUGCGUCUAAUGCUGACAAAAAAUCAAAUAGACAGAGGCCUCGAAAACAAAUACGCAAAAACACGAAUAUUGAAAGUAGCCAACAUCUUAGGAGAGAUUCAGUUGCCAGCAGCAAUAGUAUUGGUAUAUUACCUCUACGUAAUGCCUACAAUUUAAUACCUGUCAAACCACUCACGUUGGAGGAGAAGAAAAUUGUAUUGAAUUUCCGCGUAUUCCUGAUUCGUAAUUUGAUCAAGAUUCAACGUUUCCGAGAAAAGCUUUUACAAAAUGGUAACAACAAAGAGAACGCAAACAACUUGAAUCAGAACUGUGUGGAAGACGCUGCUGCCAAAGAAUCAGCUGUUUUUGUUACUCAUUUCAACGCUUUAUCUACGCAAAGAGGUAUUACAACGCGACGUUUAGCUCAAGCCCAAGAUAACCCCGAAGUGACGAGGACUGUUCUUCUUGCGAAAGUUUUUCGAACUAUUUUCAACGACGUGGUUUCUGCCAAAGAUGAAAAAGGACAACCGUUCAGUUCACUUUUUAUGACGUUGCCUUCGAAGAGAAAACUACCGAUGUACUACCAACGUAUAAGUGAUCCUAUAGAUCUGACUACUAUCGAGAGAAACAUCGUUACCGGAAUGUACAAAAAUGUCGAACUAUUCGACAAAGAUAUGAAAAAACUGAUUGCCAACAGCGUAAAAUACUAUAAACGAACUUCGGAUUACGGAAUCGCCGCUGUCAGAUUGAGAAAAGAGUACAACAUAUCGAAAUUGAAGCACGUCGAUGAACUAAAGGAAGUUAUCGGAGAAUCAAUACCAGCGACGUUUAUGCCUGGUCAAGAGGAUCCUGGUGACGAAGAAGAAGAUGUUAUCAGAUGUAUUUGCGGGUUCUACAAAGACGAAGGCGUUAUGAUUCAGUGCGAAAGAUGUCUGGUGUGGCAACAUUGCGAUUGCGUCAAAGGCGACCCGAAUGCUGAAUUUUAUUUAUGCGAGAGAUGCAAUCCUCGAGAACUCGAUUACGAUAUACCUCUCGAUAGUGUACCUGAAUACGCGCAACCUGGAGAAAAGCAUUAUUUAACUUUGAUGAGGGAUAAUUUGCAAAUCAAGCAAGGUGAUACGGUUUACGUGCUGAGAGAUAUUUUCAAUCCCGAAACGAAGACGAGACAUACGUUCAAAACGAUUAAAAACUUCAAAUUCGACGACUGUGAUAUUUUCCGCGUGGAGAGAUUAUGGAUAAAUGAAAAAGGGGAAAGGAUGUCAUUCGGACACCACUAUCUGCGUCCUCACGAAACUUACCACGAACCGUCGAGAAAAUUUUUCACUAAUGAAGUCGUUCACAUCCCUUUAUACGAAGCGGUGCCUUUGGAUUUAAUUAUGGGACAGUGUUACGUUCUAGGUUUAUCAACCUAUCGUAAAGGUCGGCCGAUAGAUUCCGAUCCGGAACAUAUUUACAUUUGCGAAUUCAGAGUGGAUAAGCAAGCCAGAGUAUUUUAUAGACUACCUUCUCCCAAGCAGCCCAAAGUGUGCACCAAAAAUUACGCUUUUGAUACGUUCGAUAUCCCAUUGAAGCCUGUUCGAACCUAUGCGCCACACGGUGAAGUGAAACUUACAUCUAAUACGUCUACGUCGUCAUCGAGUUCAAAACCAUCAAUCAACAAUUCAAAAGUUCGUGGAGUGAAAAUUGAAGAAUCGGCUGUCGUUAGUUCAGAGAGUAGUCGUGUAUUUCUGGAUAGUGCUACAGAAAACUCCAGUAGCGGUAUGAAAAAUAUAGACGAAGAUGAUAUACCGUUGUCACAAUUAAGAGACUUUAAAUAUGAAAAACGAAAGCAACGUCUCAAUUCGAUACUGUUGAAAUUAUUGGCUAAAAAACCGUCUACGAAGGCACCUCUGGAUGCGUCGUAUUUGUUAGAUUUAGGAAGAAGAAAUCGUAAAAAACCAGAACUGUUUUCUACCGGAGUACAGUCUACGGGUUAAUCAAGCUUUCAACAACUUUCCACCGUUCAGUAUUCAUUUGCGUUUGGUAAUUCAUUAAUUUUAAAUAUUUUUCUACAUGAUCUUAGCUUUUGCGAACGAUGUAAUUUUUAACUCAUUUCCAAACUCUGGAACGAUUUAGAGUGGGAAAUGUUUUGUGAUAUUUAUUGUUUUUAUAAAAUAUUACAUAUUACUUUUUGAAAUUGAGUUUAAAGUAUUAUAUUAUUAUUUUUUUUUUUUGCAUAAUUUCUAUACCAACGUUGUUGAGUAUUUUCAACUCCAAAAUGUAAUGUUUCAUUUUGUUUUUUAUAUUUUACAUUUUCAAUUUUGUGUACAUUAUAAUGUUUAAAAGACGGUGACAUGUGAUUUUUGUGUUUGAUAUUUUGCCCUUUUCUUGUUAUUUUGUAACUAAUUGUGUUACCUGCAUUUGUAAAAUUUCAUUUUUAGAAUUUCAUUGUUCUGUCUUCUUAUAUUCGAUUCACGAUUUUUUUUUCUUAGCUUGUAUUAUAAUGUCACAGUUUCCUUUUCAAUGUUUAAUAAUUUUUGUCUUGAUUUUUUUUUAAAAUUUGAGUAAUUAAUAUGUUUGAUUGUAAUAUUGUGAUUACGAUAUUUUUUUGGAUAAUUUUUAAUGCAACCAAUUAACAUUUUUAAACAUUCAAUGUUAUUGAAAUAAAACAAUGUUCGACAAAUAUUAAUUUCUUUUCGCUCAA